AUGUCCAUUGACUUUGUGAUGGACGAACCCCUGAUGCGGAAACCGGCACCAGGAUCAGCAAAAGGACCAGCAACAGGACCAGCACCAGAACCAGAACUAGAAGAAGCCUGCAACAACAAAAAGCCCACGACGGGCAAAUUUUCUGCUCCAGUGUCUCUGGACCCAGAUGGACUGUCGGCAAGACCUCCGUACACGCAGGAAAUGAACUAUUUCAUCUGGUACCAUCGAAUCGACCGCGGUCUGUCGUGGGACACUGUCACGUACAAGUUCAAUCGCUACUUCGACGAAAAUCGACCGAAAAUCGGGCUCCAGUGCCGAUUCUAUCGACUUCUCGCCCAAAACAAAGUCGCGCCCGUCCGGCGGCAACUGGACUCCCCUCCUUAUGGUCAGGUCACAAGGUUACUGGAUUUUACAGAACUCCGCUUUCCGUGGAUGCGGCGUGCGCAUCGGAAGCGCCGUGGUGUACCUCAACGGCGGACUUGUGCCGUCGUCAGUGACAGGGGUGACUAG